ACUUUGAGCGUCAGUUCCAUAAUGGCUGAAGAUCCUGGAGGAGCUUUCUCAUAUUUUACCCUCAUUUUUAUUGGUUUUUCGUUACCUCUGCUGGGAAGAUGGCAGGGCACACUGCCUCGAUAAACUUCCAGAGACCCCCGCUGUUGUCAUGCCCAAGAAAGGGAACCGAAAACGGCUGAAAUUUAGAGCCGAGGAUGUUUGUUCGGAGUCAGUUACUGUGGCUGACUAUGCCAACGCCGAUCCCGCCAUUGUGAAGUCGGGAAGAGUUAAAAAGGCUGUUGUUAAUGCAAUUGAAAAAGAAGUGAAAUUACUCUGUGGACUUGAGGCAUCCCAGGGUCCUGUGCAGGAAGUGCUCUCCUCUGCAGUCGGUGUGAGUAAUGCCGCCCAUGAGAGCAGUGAUGAACUGGACUCCGAGGAAGGGGAUGAAAUCAGAGAGUCCCGCAAAAAGAAAAACAAAAGACUCAAAGAAAACAGUCAGAGCCUAGGUGGAGAGGAGUAUCCCAUUGAUAUUUGGCUUCUGCUUGCUGCGUACAUUCGGCCAGAAGAUGUCUGCAGAUUUUCUUUGAUCUGCAAGAAUGCUUGGACGGCCACGUGCACGGCUGCAUUUUGGACACGACUCUACAAAAGGCACUAUAAUCUUGAUGCAGACCUCCCUGAUCGCCUUCAACCAGAUUCUAUUGCAAAGAUGCGUUGUCUUCGAGCCCGUGUGAUUUGCUCGCUUUUUCACUUAUAUGAGCCCUUUAGCUUGCGGGUGUCCAAAAGCCCUCUUCUCCCUGAAUCUACGCCUACCACACUCCUCAAUUCCAAGUGUUUGUUGUUUUGGGUCAACAAAGUGUCUGGAAGUAGGUCAGAGGCGAUGUGGGAAUUCAACUUCAAGUUUGUGAAACUGCCAACCAAGGGCAAAAAUGGAUGCAGUUUGAGUCUUCAGCUCCCCAGGCAGUAUAAAGAAGUUCACAGUAAUCCAGACUCAGACUGUUAUCUGCUACGGGUCACAACUCUCAAUUUCAUUUUCACUUCUGUAGUGAUGGGCAUGACGUUAACUUUGUUCACCAUUAAUGUGAGCACAGACAUGAGGCACCACCGAGUGCGCCUGGAGUUCCAGGAUUCGCCAGUAAUUCGAGGGAAGAAGCUAAGGGGUGAACAGGGGGUGCAGGUAGUGCUGGACCCUGUCCACAGCGUGCGCCUCAUGGACUGGUGGCACCCUCAGUACCCCACAUUCUCAUACAAUUAGACUGAUUAACUCCAAUCUUGUCAAUUACAAAAAAAUUUCAGAAGACAAUUUGGGCCUGUUUUGACCAGCCCUUAAUUGGAGUUUGGAUUUUUAGUCUAAACUCAAGGUCUCAAGACAAUGUAUGUGGAAGUUGACUUCAAUAGUCUGGGUCGCUGCCAUAUUUAAUUUGAUUUGUUUCACUGUAGAAGUACAGAAAAUGGAAGUCGAUUCAAUAAGUCAUGCUGCCAUGUUCAACCUGUGUUUUAUUGGAGAUGUUUCUUCCUUCCUCUUAAAAUUGUGGAAUAUUUCUCCACUUGAAUGAUCCCAUUCCAAGUACACAACAGUACAACCCUCUGAACAGACUCUGCUUUCCACCCUCAGUUUAGAAGGCAAAAAUCGGUUCACAUUAAAUAUGGCAUCUACUCCAGUAUAUGGUACGCUUGCCCAUUUAGAAAAUUCAUCAUCAGGUUAUGACAUUUGCAUAGUAGGGUUUGCAUGCCUCUAAUCUUGAAUCAUGUGUGAUUUAAUAAUUGGUUGUAUUUGGGUUUGGUUUUUCUUCAACAGCAUUCUUGAGAUUCACCUUAAUUCUUUAUUUCUUAUUCUGUCUCUUUGCAAAUAUAUAAAUUGCUAAAUUAAAUUUCCAUUUAAUUGAUAAAAAAAAUAGAAAGAUCUAUUAAGGCAAGACAACUCUGGAGAAGUAUAGUGUAAACCAUUUGAAAACCCUUUAGCCUGGUGUUCGAUUUGGGGGCAAAAAGCUAAGAUUGUAUGUAUUCAGUACUUUCUGUGGGACUAAUGAGUUCAGCUUUACUACUGUGCAUACUUGUUGCUUAGUUAAAUCACAUUUAAUUGACUGCAUCUGCGUGUUGUAGAUGAGUGUCUUUAGUUAAGUGAAUGUUAUUGUUUGAGGAGUUCUUAAAUCUAUAGAUAAAGCCAAAGUUAAAAUGUAUUUCCUUACUACUUUCAAAUCCAGAAGUUGUUUUUGUGAUGUAAAUUUUGUUUCUUUUUAAUUUGAAGCUUGUUUUUGAUUUUAGACUGGAAACAAAGGCACUGGUGUUUCACAGUAAUAAAUAAGACAUGCCAUAAA